AUGGCAUCCCGAACACCUCGGGCAGAGUUUCCCUGCCUCCCCUGCGAUGUCAUCCGCCGUUUCCCGGGUAACCCAGCAUCCGGAGCCGGCUCUGGCAGGCAGAACUCCAUCCGGCACAACCUCUCCCUGCACACCCGCUUCAUCCGCGUGCAGAACGAGGGCACCGGCAAGAGCUCCUGGUGGAUGCUGAACCCCGAGGGCGGCAAGACGGGCAAGACGCCCCGCCGGCGGGCGGUCUCGAUGGACAACAACAGCAAGUUCCUGCGGAUCAAGGGGAAGGCCAGCAAGAAGAAGCAGCUGCAGGUGACGCAGGAGCGCGGGGAGGACAGCCCUUCCUCCCAGCAAGCCAAGUGGUCGGAGAGCCCCGCGUCCCAUGCCAGCGACGAGUACGACGCUUGGGCGGACUUCAGGACGCGGGCCAACUCCACGGCCAGCACGCUGAGCGGGCGCCUCUCACCCAUCAUGUCAAACCACGAGCCGGACGAGCUGGAGGAGGACGACGGGACCCCCUCCUCUCCGCUGAUGUACCCCAGCCCCUCCAGCACCAUGUCUCCUUCCCUCAACGCCCGCUGCUCCGUGGAGCUGCCCCGGCUGACCGACCUGACUGGCACCAUCAGCCUGAACGAGAGCCUCGGGGAGAGCAUGCUGGAGGACCUGCAGGAUGGCUACAGCAUGAGCCCUUCGCAGCAGCUCCCCCCGGCCGCCCUGCGGCAGCGGAGCUCCAGUUUCACCUUCAACUCCAAGUGCUCCACCAUGGGGGCUGCCACCAAUACCUACUGCGGGACUAUCUACAGCCAGCCGGCCAUGAGCCUCAUGCGCCGCCUGCCCAUGCAGACCAUCCAGGAGAACAAGCAAGCCACCUUCUCGCCCGUCAGCUCCUACAGGAACGCCUCGCUGCAGGACCUGCUCUCCUCCAUCUCCUAUGCGCACAAGGAGAGCAUGGUCCCGGGGGACCUGCCCCUGCCGCAGGCCAGCCCCAUGGUGCCGGCCCGUGGCCACAGACACAACCCGCUGCUGUGUGCGAGCGGGGAGCAGGGUUUGUCCUCCUACCCCUCCCACUCGGGCUCUCUCAUGAAGAGCAACGCUUUGUACCACCCGUCACCAGCCGGUCACCACCCUGCGGUCAACACCAGUGCCUUAGCUAAUCCUGUCAGCCUUAUGAGCUUGCCCAGUGACACGUGCAGCAUGACAGCCAUGCCGCACCACGGGCAUCUGCAUUCCUACGCUAAUAACCAAGGGGCACACAUGAGCUUGCUGGAUUCGCUGCAGGGCCCCUACCCGGGGGCUGUCCACCCCCCCGUGUUGGGCCAAGACAGGUUCCCAGCAGACCUGGACCUGGACAUGUUCAAUGGGAGCCUGGAGUGCGACGUGGAGUCGAUCAUCCUGAAUGACUUUAUGGACAGCGAUGAGAUGGACUUCAACUUCGACUCGGCUCUCCCGCCGCAGAACGGGCUCAACGUGCCCGCGCUGCCUGGGGGUCCGCAGCCCACGAACCAGAGCUGGGUGCCCGGGUGACGCCCGCCCUGGGGUGGGGGCUCGCCACCGAGAAGCCACGAGGGGAAC